CAAAACCAAAUAAAACAUUUUGUCGGAGAUAAACCAUCUCCGACACACUUUUCUUCAAUGCCGAUUGCAAAACCGAUCAAUGGAAACACUACUUCUCAAUAUCCACCACCACAUUACAACAAACCGCCUCUAGUCAUAAUCCUAACCGUGAUCCUCCUCGUCGUCUUUUUUAUAGGUUUCUUCGCUCUCUAUUUUUGCAAAUGUUUCUUCCACACUCUCACCGAAGCAUGGAAUCACCAUUACCGCAACGGAUUGUCCGAAAAUCAAACUCAACAAGACAAUAAUCCUGGUCCACCACCGGCUAACCCUGGUCUAGAGCCACACGUCAUCCAAUCCUUCCCUACGUUUCCAUUCUCAUCCGUCAAAGAUCUUAGGGAAGACAAAUGCGGUCUCGAAUGCGCGAUUUGUCUUCUUGAAUUCGAAGAAGAACACAUCCUUCUUCGACUCUUGUCAACUUGUUACCAUGUUUUUCAUCAAGAAUGCAUUGAUCGAUGGCUUGAAUCUAACAAAACAUGUCCUGUCUGUCGCCGGAAUUUAGAUCCGAACGCACCCGAAAACAUCAAAGAGUUGAUCAUCGAAGUCAUACAAGAGAACGGACAUGAAAACCGCGAUCAAACGCCAUCUCCUCCAAACGAGGGUUUGUUGUCGAGACAAAGCAGUAGUAGUAACAACGAAGGAAAGAUCGAGACGUUACCGGAUAAGUUCUCGAGAUCGAAAACGACGGGUCAUUCAAUUGUUAGGAAUAAACCGGAGGAAGAAGAUAGGUAUACUUUGAGGUUACCGGAUCAUGUAAAGAUUAAGGUUACGAGAAGAUAUAACAAUAAUCAAACAGAGAGUUGUAUUUCAUUUGGUGAGCUUAUGAGAAACAAAGGAGGCCGGUUUGGUGAAGUUUCUGGUCAAUCACUUGUACCGGAAUCAGGAAGUUAAAGAAGAUUUACAGUUUUUGUUGUUUUUUUUUUUUUGAAAAAUUAACUAGUCCAUUUUGUUGUUGUUUUUUGUAUUUCUUAAUUAGAUAGGUUUUUUUGGGGGUCAAAAUAUAGGUUUUAAGAGAUACUCAAAUGAUUUUAGAAAAGUUGAAUAGUUCAUGUCAAACAAAUUUUGUCAACUUUAACCUAAAUUUAUUGUAUGUUGUUUAGUAAUAAUGAUAACAUCUAA